AGAGAGGGACGAAAGCUGCAAGGAAAUGAAACUAAAGUAAAUCAUAGAGACAGCCAGCAGAUACCACAUAAACUAAGAAGAAGAAUAUACAGCUUUGAAAAGGUUUCUAUACUCCACACACAAAAGACAGUCACUGAAGACAAAGGGGUGCAGCAACAAGGAUAUAGGCUAGCUGAUGUAGCAAGAUUGAUUUGCUUGGAUACAUUUUGACAACUUGGAUGAACAGACUGACAUCUUAAAUAAAAAGGAUGAAGACUUGGAUUCAAAGAAUGACAACUUGGAUGAACAGAUUGAUGUCUUGGAAUCAAAGCAUGGUGAUUUGUGAACCUGGACACAGAGUAAUGCACACGAGAACAGGUUUAACUGCUGACACAAUCACAAUGGCUACAGCUGUAGAUAUGUGUCACCACCUUCAGUGCCCCAUCUGCAAGAACCUGUUUGAAGAUCCAGUAACCACAUGUUGUGGGCACACUUUUUGCAAGAGUUGUCUAGACCGGCACAUAAACAUGAGCGAUCCACAGUGUCCUCAGUGCAAAGAGCCUGUGACCACCAAACCAAACGUGAAUGCUGCUCUUAGAGACCUUCUGCAGCAGUUUCUCCAGACACAGAUGCCCGACCUGAGUCUCUACACAGGUGAAAGAGGUGAGAUCCCAUGCGACAUCUGUGAGGAAAACCAGAAGUUCAGAGCUGUGAAGUCCUGCUUGACCUGUUUACUCUCAUACUGUGAGCGGCAUCUGAAGCAGCAUCAGUCUUUGGAGAGGCUGAAGGGUCAUAAACUGGUACAUCCAGAGGAGAGAUUGGAUGAGAGAGCGUGCAGUGUCCACGGCAGACCCCUGGAGCUCUACUCUACACGAGACGAAUGCUGCAUCUGUGCCUUAUGUGUGAAAAAUGCUGGAGAUGUCAUAGCUGUAGAGACAGAGAGACAGAGGAGAGAGGCCAAACUGCAACAUACUAUUGAUGAGUUGAAAACCAUGAUCAACCAGAGAGAAAACAAACUUGAGGAUCUUCAAAGCACAGUCAAAGACUAUCAGGUUCAGAUACACAGUGAGCAUACAGAGAUAAGCAAAGUUUUUGAGGCAGUGAUGGAUGUUGUGAAGAGAGCUGAGGAGGAGCUGCUUGUUCCUCUGGAAGAUGGACGAAGGAGUCUGGAGAGAGAGAUAGAAGAGAAAACACAGCAGAUACACAAGGACAUCCAAGAGUAUAGAGAAACCAUCGACCGUUUGAAGCAAACUGAGAAUGAAGACGACGACAUCAGCUUUCUACAGUCGUUCCCUAGUGUGCCUGUUGAAAUCAGAGAGGAUUGGGCAGUUUCCAUUGACACUAAACUAAACUUUGGCUCCAUGAGAAAUACAAACACAUCCAUUUUGGCUUCUAUUAGGACUCAGCUGGAAAAUCUUUGCUGUUCUGAAAUGAGAAGAAUUCAGAAAUUUUCAGUGGAUGUGAUUCUGGAUGAAGAAACUGCACAUCCAGCUCUGAAAGUUUCUCAAGAUGGCAAAACAGUAAGAGGCAAAGCAAACGCUCACGACAUCCCGGGUGGCCCAAAGCAAUCUGAUUUGGUGGGUGGAAUUCUGGGAAAGCCUCAGAUCAAGUCUGGAAAAGCAUUCUGGGUAGUGGAGGUGGGACAGAAAACGAGCUGGGAACUGGGCGUAGUGAGAGAAAAUGCAAACAGGAGAGGAACGGUCUCAUGCAAACCCAGUGAGGGUUAUUGGGUCAUUGUGUUCUGUGGUCCAAACACGUAUGGGGCAUUUGAAGAUCCUCCCAUUCAGCUGCAUCUCUCCACCAAACCUCAGAAGGUGGGAGUGUUUGUCGACUAUGAGAGCGCUAUCGUUUCCUUCUAUAAUAUGAACGAUCAGUCACACAUUUACACAUUCACUCAGUGUAGAUUCAAUGAAACGAUUCAUCCGUAUUUUAAUCCUUCUCUCAAUAAAGAUUCAGAUCCAAUGGUCAUUUCUUCUGUUAAUCCAACUGAUAUUCAAAUGUGAGAGGUGUAACAUACAUACUGCAUACUUUUUUAAAUAUCAUGGAAUACAGUAUAUCAAAAUUAUCAUGGUGAUCGGGGUACUCAGAAUUUAUUAUUAUUAUUAUUAUUUUUUGUAGUAAAAGUGUGUGGGUGUAUGUUGUGUUGGUGUCAGAACACUUAAAAUACUCUGAAAUAAAUAUUUUUUAAAACUA